GGCGCGGCCCCGCUGCGGCUUACGUAACCGCCGCCCGCGCGUUGGCCUCGGGCAGGUCGGGGUCCCGGCGCCGCCAGGAGUUCCCUGGGCCGCUGGACUCCUCUGCUUGAAACGGCGCCGGCGUGGGGGCGUGUGCCGUUGGCCCUGUCUCAGGUGGAGGGCGGCCGAGCUGCGCGCAGGGUGCGCUCGUUUGAAUUGCGCUGACACCGCGGGUUGGGGACUCGAACCCCCGUUUCGCAGCUCAGGAGCCUGAGGUCCGAAAGCUUCAUUCCAGAGCCCAACAUGAAUGGAUACGCGGAAUUUCCCCCCAGCCCCAGUAACCUCACCAAGGAGCCCAUGGAGCCCCAGCCCAGCCAGGUCCCACUUCAGGAAGAUGUGGACAUGAGCAGUGGCUCAAGUGGACAUGAGACCAACGAAAACUGCUCCACGGGGCGGGACUCGCAGGGCAGUGACUGUGACGACAGCGGGAAGGAGCUGGGGAUGCUGGUGGAGCCACCGGAUGCCCACCAGAGUCCAGAUGCCUUUAGCCUGAUGAUUACAAAAUCUGAACACAACCCAUCUACAAGUGGCUGCAGUAGCGACCAGUCUUCGAAAGUGGACACACACAAAGAACUGAUAAAAACACUAAAGGAGCUGAAGGUUCACCUCCCUGCAGACAAGAAGGCCAAGGGCAAGGCUAGUACACUGGCCACCCUGAAGUACGCCCUCAGGAGUGUGAAGCAGGUGAAAGCCAACGAAGAGUAUUACCAGCUGCUGAUGUCCAGCGAGGGUCACCCCUGUGGAUCAGACGUGCCCUCCUACACUGUGGAGGAGAUGGAGAGCGUUACCUCUGAGCACAUUGUGAAGAAUGCCGAUAUGUUUGCUGUGGCCGUGUCCCUGGUGUCUGGGAAGAUCUUGUACAUCUCUGACCAGGUUGCAUCCAUAUUUCACUAUAAAAGAGAUGCCUUCAGCGACACCAAGUUUGUGGAGUUCCUGGCGCCUCACGAUGUGGGCGUGUUCCACAGCUUCACCUCCCCGUACAAGCUUCCCUUGUGGAGCGUGUGCAGCGGAGCAGAUUCUUUUACUCAAGAAUGCAUGGAGGAGAAAUCUUUCUUUUGCCGUGUCAGUGUCGGGAAAAGCCACGAGAACGAAAUCCGCUACCACCCCUUCCGCAUGACGCCCUACCUGGUCAAGGUGCGGGAGCAACAAGGUGCUGAGAGUCAGCUUUGCUGCCUUCUGCUGGCAGAGAGAGUGCACUCUGGUUAUGAAGCCCCUAGAAUACCUCCUGAAAAGAGAAUUUUUACAACCACCCAUACACCAAAUUGUUUGUUCCAGGAUGUGGAUGAAAGGGCGGUCCCUCUCCUGGGCUACCUACCUCAGGACCUGAUUGAGACCCCAGUGCUCGUGCAGCUCCACCCUAGUGACAGGCCCUUGAUGCUGGCCAUCCACAAAAAGAUCCUGCAGUCGGGCGGGCAGCCUUUCGACUACUCUCCCAUUCGGUUUCGCACCCGGAACGGGGAGUACAUCACGCUGGAUACCAGCUGGUCCAGCUUCAUCAACCCAUGGAGCAGGAAAAUCUCCUUCAUCAUUGGGAGGCACAAAGUCAGGGUGGGCCCUUUGAAUGAGGACGUGUUUGCAGCCCACCCUUGCACAGAGGAGAAGGCCCUGCACCCCAGCGUUCAGGAGCUCACGGAGCAGAUCCACCGGCUCCUGCUGCAGCCCGUCCCCCACAGCGGCUCCAGUGGCUACGGGAGUCUGGGCAGCAACGGGUCCCACGAGCACCUCAUGAGCCAGACCUCCUCCAGCGACAGCAACGGCCACGAGGACUCACGCCGGAGGAGAGCUGAAAUUUAUAAAAAUGGUAACAAGACGAAAAAUAGAAGUCUUUAUUCUCUUGAAUCUGGAGAACAAAAGAAAAAUUCCGUUACAGAAAUGCAAACUAAUCCCCCAGCUGAGAUGAAAGCUGUCCCUGCCGUGGAAAAGGACAGCCUGGGGGCCAGCUUCCCCGAGGAGUUGGCCUGCAAGGACCAGCCCACCUGCUCCUACCAGCAGAUCAGCUGCUUGGACAGCGUCAUCAGGUACUUGGAGAGCUGCAAUGAGGCUGCCACCCUGAAGAGGAAAUGCGAGUUCCCAGCAAACGUCCCAACGCUAAGGUCCAGUGAUAAGCGGAAGGCCACAGUCAGCCCAGGGCCACAUGCCGGAGAGGCAGAGCCGCCCUCCGGGGUGAACAGCCACACGGGAGUCAGCACGCACCUGACCUCACUGGCACUGCCGGGCAAGGCAGAGAGUGUGGCAUCGCUCACCAGCCAGUGCAGCUACAGCAGCACCAUCGUCCAUGUGGGAGACAAGAAGCCGCAGCCGGAAUUAGAGAUGGUGGAAGAUGCUGUGAGUGGGCCAGAAUCCCUGGACUGCCUGGUGGGCCCUGCCCUGGCCUGUGGUCUCAGCCAAGAGAAGGAGCCCUUCAAGAAGCUGGGCCUCACCAAGGAGGUGCUCGCUGCACACACACAGAAGGAGGAGCAGAGCUUCCUGCAGAAGUUCAAAGAAAUAAGAAAACUCAGUAUUUUCCAGUCCCACUGCCAUUACUACUUACAAGAAAGAUCCAAGGGGCAGCCAAGUGAACGAACUGCCCCUGGACUAAGAAAUACUUCCGGAAUAGAUUCACCUUGGAGAAAACCAGGAAAGAACAGAAAACUGAAGUCCAAGCGGGUCAAACCUCGAGACUCAUCUGAGAGCACCGGAUCUGGGGGGCCCUUGCCCGCCCGGCCCCCACUCAUGGGCUUGAACGCCACAGCCUGGUCACCCUCGGACACGUCCCAGUCCAGCUGCCCGGCCGUGCCCUUUCCUGCCCCAGUGCCAGCUUAUUCCCUGCCGGUGUUUCCAGCGCCAGGGACUGUGGCGACAACCCCCGCACCUCCCCAUGCCAGUUUCGCAGUGCCUGCGGUGCCCGUGGACCUCCAGCACCAGUUUGCAGUCCAGCCCCCACCUUUCCCUGCCCCUUUGGCCCCUGUCAUGGCAUUCAUGCUACCUGGUUAUUCCUUCCCCUCGGGGACCCCAAACCUACCCCAGGCCUUCUUCCCCAGUCAGCCUCAAUUUCCGAGCCACCCCACAAUCACAUCCGAGAUGGCCUCUGCCUCACAGCCCGAGUUCCCCAGCCGGACCUCGAUCCCCAGACAGCCAUGCGCUUGUCCAGGCACCCGGGCCACCCCACCAUCGGCCAUGGGUAGAGCCUCCCCGCCACUAUUCCAGUCCCGCAGCAGCUCGCCCCUGCAGCUCAACCUGCUGCAGCUGGAGGAAGCCCCUGAGGGUGGCACUGGGGCCAUGGGGACCACAGGGGCCACAGAGACAGCAGUUGUGGGGGCGGACUGCAAACCUGGCACUUCUCGGGACCAGCAACCGAAGGCACCUCUGACCCGUGACGAACCCUCAGACACGCAGAAUAGUGACGCCCUUUCCACGUCAAGCGGCCUCCUAAACCUCCUGCUGAAUGAGGACCUCUGCUCAGCCUCGGGCUCUGCUGCUUCGGAGUCACUGGGCUCUGGCUCACUGGGCUGCGACACCUCCCCGAGUCGGGCAGGCAGUAGUGACACAAGUCAUACCAGCAAAUAUUUUGGAAGCAUUGACUCCUCAGAGAAUAAUCACAAAGCAAAAAUGAACACUGGUAUGGAAGAAAGUGAGCAUUUCAUUAAGUGCGUCCUGCAGGAUCCCAUCUGGCUGCUGAUGGCGGAUGCGGACAGCAGCGUCAUGAUGACGUACCAGCUGCCUUCCCGAAAUUUAGAAGCAGUUUUGAAGGAGGACAGAGAGAAGCUGAAGCUCCUGCAGAAACUCCAGCCCAGGUUCACGGAGAGUCAGAAGCAGGAGCUGCGCGAGGUCCACCAGUGGAUGCAGACGGGUGGCCUGCCCGCAGCCAUCGACGUGGCAGAAUGUGUUUACUGUGAAAACAAGGAAAAAGGUAAUAUUUGCAUACCAUAUGAGGAAGAUAUUCCUUCUCUGGGACUCAGCGAAGUGUCGGACACCAAAGAAGACGAAAAUGGAUCCCCCUUGAAUCACAGGAUCGAAGAGCAGACGUAACCCCUGCCCCACCUCAGCCCGGCAGCCAGCAAGCUACACAGGUGGUGCUUGGAAGAGACGAAAGAUCUUCAUGGCUG